AUGGUGACCCAGGCCGAGCGCAUUGCGCGGCAGCGGAUUGACGCGUUGAAAAUACCAAGGCUCGACGGGAUGUCCGUCAGACGCGUGGACAAAAUUAACGACACGGAAGCGGCGUCGAUGACAGUCGCGCGCGCGGGACCGGGAUGGGACGAACUCCCACUCACCCCACUGAUGAACACGGCCCCCGUAACGAAGAACGGGAAACCAGCUUUGGUGUUCGGCGGCGGCGCGACGUGUGACAACGCCGUCGGGCGACAGAUCGAGCGCACGACAAAGGAAGUCUGGGAGGGCGAACCGCUGAUCGGAGCACGAAAAAAGGGGGGCCCGAAGCCGGUCGUCUGCAACGUAUGGCACCUGCAGGGCGGCGGCUUCGUGGCCCCCGCGCCCCGAAGGGGCUCUCCAGCGUUUCUCACCCACUGGCCGGAAGAUCGGCGGAGUAGAGAGUUUGUCAUUCACGUUCCCGAGUGGGCGGAACUGCCCAUAUCCUGGGUUGUGUAUGCGUUUUUCGGUCUGAUCGCGUGUGGUUUUCUAUGGUUAAUUUACAUGGUUUCCGAUAUAAACUCGAACUACCCUAAAGCGAUUCCACCAGUAGAUGUAAGACCGAACUUAUUUCAGACCGCCGAGGAAGCACAAAAGUCGAUGGCCGAGGAAGUUACGGCCCCCGAACACGUGCCUUUAUCUAGUUUUCAAGUCGGCGGCCUCUUGAUAUUCUUCUGCGCUGUUAUUCUCGAGUUCUGGGUGAGGGAAAAUUUUAACACCUCGCUCGAUGUAUUGGUCAGUGCAAUGGCCAGGUGCGCUCUCGCGAUGGUCCGGGCCGUCGCCGAGGGCGUCGCCGCGAUAGCAUGGCGCGUUAUCGAGCCGUUCAAGGCCGUGCUGUCCGCGCGCUGGAGGAGGGGCGCUGACGCCGCCGCGGUCGCCGCCGCCGACGCCGCCGCGGCCGAUCUACUAGCAGACGAGCCCGCGCCGCGCGACGACGCCCGCGCGGGGCUCCGCCGGCGGGCGCCGCGCGGCCGACGCCGCGAGCGCGCGCGCGGCGCGACGCCGUCCGCGAAGGAACCGGCGCCGGCGGCCGCCGUGCCCGAGUCCAAGCCCGAGACCCCCGCCACGCCCGAGUCGAAGUCCGAGGCGCCGCCCGCGGCGCCGGAGGCGAAAGGCGAGGAGGAAGAAGAGCCCGUCGCGCAGCCUGUGCCGCGCGGCUACGAGAACGUCGCGCGCGUGCUCGCGCACCUCGACGAGGCGCGCCUGUUGCCGCUGUUCGAGGCGCGGCAGAUCGACGAUGCAGUUCUGCCGACGCUCGAGCCCAGCACCCUCGUCGAGCUCGGCGUCCCGCCGAUGGUCUGCCUGGCGCUGUCGGGCGCGGCGGCGAGCGGCAAGGCGAAGAAAUUGGAGGCCGACGACCUCCUCGACGGCGUCGCGAAGCACCAGAGCGUCCUCGAGGAGGCCUUGCGAGAGCACCGCGCCGAGCUCGCGCGGUUGAAGAUUUCGAGCGCGAGCGAACUGCCCGAGGAUCUGUGCUGCCCGAUCACCACCGAGUUGAUGUCGGAGCCGGUCGUGUGCGUCGGAGACGGCAACACGUACGAGCGCGCGGCUAUAGAACAGUGGUUCGCGACUGGCGCACGGACGUCGCCUACCACCAACGCGCAGCUCGACUCGAUCACGCUCGUGCCGAAUCUCACGGUCAAGCGACUCAUCGCGGCGGAGCUCGAGCGGCGCGGGCGCACUGUAUAA